GCCACAACAAGACCAGCGGAACCGUGAUACCAAACAUCCUUACACCUGCUAACGCUACUAGCCAUUGACAUGUCAACCCCGUCCGUCAUCGAGAGACAACGUCCUCUCUCUGACCUUGACGAAAGUUACUAUCGCCUCGAUGGCGAAGAGCUGGCCUUCUUCAGACAACAGACAGGACUACACGACGACGAAGCGCUCAAGCUGCACAUAAUGAAGGUUCAAAAGGAUGCAUACCAGACGAAGCCCUAUACGUGUAUUCGCUGGUUCACGUUCACAGAGCUCCAGUUAGCAAGGUUCCCAGCGUACGGCCAACUGCUGAAGCUAGGCAAGGAGCGCGAAGGGGCUGUAUUCCUCGAAAUAGGAUGCUGCUUCGGUAACGACAUCCGGAAGGCCGUUGCGGAUGGUUAUCCGCUGCAGAACUGCAUUGUGUCAGACAUUGAGCCUGCCCUCUGGGACUAUGGCUUCCAACUAUUCAAGGACACCCCCGAGACCUUCCCUGUUCCCUUCGUCGCAGGUGAUUCCCUCGACCCCACCUUCCUCGAGCCUGUCCCCCCUUUCACGUCGCCUCCAUCCACCCCGGCUCCCCCUCUCGCCUCAGUCAAGCGUUUAUCCGAGCUGCAGGGUCACGUCUCCGCCAUCCACCUUUCCGCUGUAUUCCACCUCUUCCCGGAGGAGAAACAGCUUCACCUCGCCCGCGCCCUCGCAGGCCUUCUCUCGCCCGCCUCAGGCUCGAUGAUCCUCGGUUGGCACGCCGGCCUCCCACAGAAAGGCGUGUUCGAAGGACGGGAGCGCCCAGAUAGCCAGCAUAUCGAUCUCUUCUGCCACUCACCGGAGACGUGGAAGGAGCUGUGGGACGGGGUGGUCUUCCCGAAGGGCACGGUGCGCGUCGAGGCGGAGCUGAGGGAGCUUGAGGGCGGCCCGCCGAGACCAGCAGGUAAGGUGUACUGGAAGCUCGUUUGGUCGGUGACUAGGCUAUGAGCGCGCAGCCGGUCCAUGCCUUCAACAGGUGUAUCAUAGAAUCCUCGUAACGCACGCAUCUCAUCGAGAGAUCAACACGG